CGCAGGAACCGGGCGCGUCACUGUCGAAACGGCCCUAACAGAUCAGUGCCGGAGCAUGUUCCCUCCCCUCCAGAGCCAGUCCCGCGUCCUGGACAAGGGCCAGGACAGCUUCGAGCUGAAUGGCAGCGGAAUGCUGGAUGCUGGCCUGCGCGGUCCAGCGACCGGUCCAGCUGCUGGCAACGAACUCUUCCAGGGCUAUUCGGAUGAGCUGCUAACCUUCGCCUGGGUGGCCUGCAUCGUUUUCAUCAUUGUGGGCGUUCCCGGCAACCUGCUGACCAUCGUGGCACUCUCACGGGGUCGUCAGACGCGCAACUCGACGGCCAUUUUCAUCAUUAAUCUUUCCUGUUCGGAUCUGCUGUUUGGCUGCUUCAAUCUGCCCCUGGCCGCCUCCACGUUUAUGGAGCGGGCCUGGACGCAUAGCGAUCUGCUGUGCCGGCUCUUCCCAAUGCUGCGCUACGGUCUGCUGGCCGUGUCCCUGCUAUCCGUUUCGCUGAUUACCAUCAAUCGCUACAUCAUCAUCGCACAUCCACGGCAGUAUCCCAGGAUCUACCAGCGACGCUAUUUGGCUUUGAUGGUGGCUGGCACUUGGGUGUUGACCUUCUCCAUUAUGAUACCCACGUGGCGCGGUGUCUGGGGACGCUUUGGACUGGACACGAGCAUUGGCUCGUGCUCGAUACUGCACGAUCAGUACGAUCGUUCGCCCAAGGAGUUCCUGUUCAUCGCCGCCUUUAUGCUGCCCUGCAUCUGCAUUGUGAUUUGCUAUGCUCGCAUUUUCCUGCUCGUACGCCAGGCGGCCAUACGUGCCGGCACCAGGGUCGGCGAGACGACAACGGCAUCAGCCGCAGCGGCAGCAGCAGCAGCAUCAACCCAGUCCCUGGCCAUGCCCAAGACGACGGUGGAGAGUAAGGAAAAGGCGAGCACUUCCAGCUCGGAGGCGGAGCACGGCCUGCGACCGUUUGUGGUGGAUGAGUAUAUCGCAUAUAUCGAUGAUAAUGCCUCCACCGAGAGUCUGCCCAUCUCGUACAGCAUCGGUAAGCAAAGGCAAAGAGAGCAACCAAAGGAUCAGGAGGAUCAUCAGCUGCCAGUCGAUGCAAAUGUGGUGCUCAAAGAUCGCGAUAAAAACAAGAACCAGAAUCAGACACAGCUGGAGCAGAGCAAGAACUCCACCAAGAAUCCCAGUCCCGUUGCCAAUCCUAUUACCACCUCGCUGCGCACCUCCUUUACACGUUUUAGUCCACGCAAAUCCCAUUAUGUGUCCAUGGGUAACACAUCGAAUGCCUCGUCCAUCUACCCUGGACGCAUGAGUGUCAAGGAUCGACGUCUGCUCAAGAUGAUAUUGGUGAUCUUUGUGUGGUUUGUCAUCUGCUAUCUGCCCAUAACGGUGGCCAAGAUUUGGAAGAGCGCCACCGAGGUGCAUGUGUUCAAUAUAUCCGGCUAUCUGCUCAUCUAUCUGACGACCUGCAUCAAUCCGCUCAUCUAUGUGCUGAUGAGCUCCGAAUAUCGAAGGGCCUACUGGAAUCUGUUGCGCUGCCAUGGCACACCCGAUCCGCAUCAGCAUCGAAAUAAUGCCAAUGUCAAUGCCAAUGCGAAUGCGAAUGCCAAGAAAAAGUUGCAGGAAUCAAAUCGACACGUGAAAACAUGAUUCCUUCCUUCCUUCCAAGUACACACACACACACACACACACACAUACU